CUUCCACCUCUAAAUCGUGCUGAUUUAUUUAUAAAUUAUUUUCUCUCUAUCGUUUCUCGCUUUGUUUCGUCGCCCGCGACGUGUUGUUUUGUGAAAAUUUGCAUCGCAUUUUAUAGCGCGUGCAUUAGUGUUGGUCGGUGUGUUGACGUGCGAGGAAAAGCGACGCUGCGAAUUGCGCGAGAUCGGAGAAAACAAAACAUCUCGUCAUAUCCCAAGCAGCGACAGCAGCAGCAACAGCAACCCAUUAAAAUCAUAACCUUGGGCGUGUAUUAAUCGAGUGAUCCCUCCACACCCCCCGCCCCCAUCCGAUUUGAUCUGGAUUACUUGGCUUGCUGUUGGAACUGUUGUUUUCUGGUUCCGCUGGCGUUUCUGUUUCCGUGCAAACAUCUGGCGAGAUAAGGGCCUAUAUAAGACAGCCACCUCCUCAUUCCCCCCCCACUCCGGAAGCCCCCUCGAAUACGAAAAAAAAAAACUUGGUUGCAAAAACGGCGGCGCGCUGAACAUAUAACUCGCAGUUAUAGUUUCGCCUUUGGACACAACAGACGCCCGCGCAUCCGAACAGUUUUUAUUGGCGAGAUGAUUCAUGUGGGCGAGAAUACGUGGAACCUGCGGAUCCUAAUCACGGACCUGCAGGUGGAGAAGACGCUCAGGGUGAAGGGCGAUCAGCAUAUUGGCGGCGUAAUGCUGCAACUGGUGGAUCCGGAGAUGCCCAAGGAUUGGUCCGAUCACGCCUUAUGGUGGCCCGCCAAGAAUGUCUGGCUGACCAGGACACGAUCCACUCUGGACCAGGCCGGAGUCCAGUCAGACUCCUUUCUGCACUUCACACCCAUGCACAAAACACUGAGGGUCCAGAUGCCCGAUCUUCGCUAUCUCGACUACCGUGUCAACUUCUCGGCCAAAACUUUUGGAGCCGUUGUCAGUCUGUGCAAGGAUCUGGACAUACGCUAUCCCGAGGAAUUGUCGCUGUGCAAACCCCUGGAACCGGAGCAUCUCAAGAAGAACUUCUCCAAGUUGCCGCAACGCAAGAUUCCAGUGGCGGAGGCGAAUGGCGUGUCCUAUUUGCAGCCAGCGGCGGACACCAACUCAUUUGUCCCGAUCACAGGCGCCUACAACGGCAGCAACGGCAGUCUGGAUCGCUCGCACAAUGGCAAUCUGCUGUGCGCUCCGGCCUCACCGUAUGCCACCACUCCCCGGCGGGCAGCCACUGCGCCGGGCACGCCCAUUAGCUCGCCGACGGGCACCUGGAAGCACAACUCCACGGGCUAUGCCAGCUACGAUUCCAACUCCAGUUUCGGUGACCUCCAGGAGAACCUGGCCAUGUCGCCCAGGUCACCCAGUCCGGAUGUGAGAGCUCGCCUGGUGCGACCCAAGUCUCGAGUGGAGAAGGCGCGCCUCAAUGUGGGCUGGUUGGACUCGUCGCUUUCCAUCAUGGAGCAGGGAGUUAGGGAGUACGACACCCUCUGUCUGCGCUUCAAAUACUACACCUUCUUCGAUCUGAACCCCAAGUACGACCAGGUGAGGAUCAAUCAGCUGUACGAGCAGGCCAAAUGGAGCAUUCUCAACGAGGAACUGGAUGCCACCGAGGAGGAGACCCUCAUGUUCGCCGCCCUGCAGUUCCAGGUUAACCACCAGACGGAUCUGCAUCCGCCAGGCAUCGAUUCUGGCAUCGACACCUCCAGUCAGGAGACUGGCGGCGAGGACGACAUCGACUCGGCUCUCAACGAGCUGCAGAUCACGCUCGAAGGUCCGGGCGGUGGCAAGGAUCAGGGCAACAUUACCAGGAUACCAGAGCUGUCGGAUUAUCUGAAAUUCCUGAAGCCGCAGCGGUUCACCCUCAAGGGAUACAAGCGCUACUUCUUCACCUACAGGGAUCUGCAUCUGCACCUGUACAAAUCGCAGGAGGAGUCGCGACGAGGAGCACCCAGCAUCAGCAUCAAUUUGCGGGGCUGCGAGGUGACGCCCGACGUGAAUCUGGCCCAGGGAAAGUUUGCCAUCCGACUGGAGGUGCCGCCAGAGGGCCGCAAUGGGCCGAACAGCGAGGUCUGGGUGAGAUGCGAGAACGAGGAGCAGUACGCCAAGUGGAUGGCCGCCUGUCGCCUGGCCGCCAAGGGUCGCUCCCUGGCCGACAGCUCCUACGACAGCGAGGUGAGCAGCAUUCGCUCGCUGCUCCAGAUGCAGAAACCCGCCCAGGGAGCUCCGCUCACCGUCAAUCCCCGGAGUGUGGAGCCCAUGGACUACCUAUCGCCCAAGAUGAUGCGCAAACUUUCGAGCAAGGCAGUGCAGAGGAUUUUGGAGGCGCACGCCAAUGUGCGUCAGCUGCCACUGAUGGAGGCCAAGAUGAAGUACAUCCAGGCCUGGCAAUCACUGCCCGACUUCGGCGUCACCCUGUUCGUCAUCAAGUUCGACGGCCACAAGAAGGAGGAGCUGUUGGGCGUGGCCAACAACCGGAUCAUGCGCAUGGACCUCGCCACCGGCGAUCACAUCAAGACCUGGCGCUACAACACCAUGAAGGCCUGGAACGUCAACUGGGGCAUCAAGUGCAUGAUGAUCCAGCUGCAGGACGAGAACAUCAUCUUCUCCGUCCAGUCGGCGGACUGCAAGGUGGUGCACGAGUUCAUCGGCGGCUACAUAUUCAUGUCCAUGCGCUCCAAGGAGAACAACCAGACGUUGAACGAGGAGAUGUUCCACAAGCUGACGGGCGGCUGGUCGUAAACGGAUUACCGAAUACCGGAAUCUGGAGGAGUGGAGUGGAGUCUUACGAGUGCCAAGCACAAACCUCGUCGCAUGCUCUGCACUUUUAUCUAUAUUUACCUAAAGUAGGGUGCGUUGAUUUAUGGGUUGAAAAGUAAUCAGCGGACUAUGCUAAGCAACACCAGUUGAAGCUUCCUCAAUACUAAAAACUUAACAAGGUCUUCUUUCUGUUCUGGUUUAUAUUGUAGCUUAAAUUUGUAUCUACUUUGAAAAUUAUUUUUGUGUUCUCAUUGCCGGCAUUUACGUUAAAGAAUAAUUUACUUUAUGGCAGCCAGAACAGCUAUUAAAAGUAUUAGGUAAACUUGGAAUACAUCCAAGUAUUGGUAUUUGUGCUGUAAAAAUCUAGGCCAAUAAUUAACUUGAUUUUAAAACGAAAGUUGCUUGAAAUUGUCCAACGAUUACCUCCAAUUUGUAUCAACCCAGUCAGUCGAAGCACCCUAAUCGAAAGCGUAAGCGUUGUGUGUAUAAGUGGAAUUCUAGACUAAUAGCAAUCAGCACGCUGAUAACGAUUAUGAUAACGAUGUUGUGCCUUCGCCAGAGCAAUCUUAACCCAAAACAAGUCCAAGUCAAUGUCCUGUGUUCUCUGUGUUGUCUGUUUUUCUAACACAGCGUUAAAGUUUACACUACUUAAGUCCUUUUUGUACCACACUUGUGCGGACUUGGGCGCGACUAACCCGCAGUUUUACAUAUUGUAUAUUUAUUAAACAAAUUAAUAAGCAGAAUAAAUUAUUUUAUAUGUUUUUAAUGAUCGUAAA